UCUGGAAACCAGCAGCGCUCGCUCGUUAGUUCCGACCUAACCAACCAAACAAAGCUCAGCGGGAGCGCUGUCCCCAGCCCAGGCACAAACAUCUCGUCCUCUGAAUGAGAAUCCGCUCGGCCCGCUGAACCGCCUCCAACCAUUUCUAUAUCGUGCGCUUUCUGGUGACCGGAUUGUGAUUUCAGCUGCUGCGCAAAGAGCGGAGCUAACUUUGCCUCCGCCGCCAUCCAGUCGGAGCUCCUCCACCCGCUGCGGGACGGAGAUGACGAGCCUGCUACUGGGCAGCGUGUCAGCCGCGAAACGGGCCUGGUAGGCGGGUGUGGGAAGAGGUUUGGCUCCCUGCUGGAGGCGGGACGUGAUCGGAUGUUCAGAGAAAUUGGUGGAGUGACGCUAGCAACCAGCUCCCUCAGCCACCCGGUGACCCCCUGACUGAUCGCCCCGCCGCCAUGAGCGCCAUGCGCGUGGACGCCAAGGUGGUGAUGCUGGGAAAGGAGAGCGUGGGGAAGACGAGCCUGGUGGAGCGAUACGUCCACCACCGCUUCCUGGUGGGGCCGUACCAGAACACCAUCGGCGCUGCGUUUGUGGCCAAACCCAUCCAGGUAGCAGACAGAGUCAUCACUCUGGGGAUUUGGGACACGGCCGGAUCGGAGCGCUACGAGGCCAUGAGUCGGAUCUACUACCGAGGAGCCAGGGCCGCCGUGGUCUGCUACGACCUGACGGACAGCAGCAGCUUCCAGAGAGCCAGGUUCUGGGUGAAGGAGCUGCAGAACUGUGAGGAGCACUGUAAAAUCUACGUGUGCGGCACAAAGAGCGACCUGAUCGAAGGGGAGCGCGCUCUGCGUCAGGUCGACUUCCACGACGCGCAGGACUUCGCAGAAGAUGUCGGCGCUCAGUAUUUUGAAACUUCCAGUAAAACAGGAAAAAACGUCGAUGAGUUGUUCCAGAAAGUUGCCGAGGAUUUCAGCAGCUCUGCCUUCCAGCUCCUGUCUGAGGAAACCGGCGUCGACUUGGGUCAGAAGAAAGACUCGUAUUUUUACUCCUGUUGCCAUGGAAACUAAUGUGGGAAACGGAAAGAGCAGAUGGAGGAUUCCUCUGCACCGUCAGUCUGGGUCUGCUGGCAGCCAAUCACAGAGCAGAACCCAGACUCCAUCUUUGUUUUUCUUUGUGAUCGCAGCAGAAGAGACGGAAACGCUCAUCGCACAUCUAGAGUCACCAACAAACACUGAGGAGAAGAAGAAGGUUUGUUUACGUUCAACAGCCUCACUUCGUCCUUGUUUACAACUUUUUCUGCCACGACAGCCAUGGAUGUACGAAGAAAAGCAACACUCAGCCUUCGUUGGUCUCAGAUUGCUACAAAAUCCACCUUUUCUGACAGAAAAACUGCAACUUCACUCAAAGGAAACCAGUUAUUAGAUUGUUCUCUCUGAAUGGCCGCCAUGUUUUUAAGCUGUGCUCUGAAAAACAAUCUGACAAUUAAAACAUGAAGGUUUACGAUUCCUCAAGUUAUUGUACAGCAAAACACUAAUGCACCUUUUGACUUUCCAUCACAUCAGAGACUUUUCAAGCUGCUUAUGGAAUAUCAAUAUAAUACAGAUAUUAUGGAAUAUCUGAUGCAUUAACUUUGCACUGUGAGCUGCAAUUGUGUCAGAAUAAGAUGGUGUUGGUUUCCAGUUGGUGUUGGUUGCCAGUUGAUGUUGGUUGCCAGCUGGUGUUGGUUGCUGGUUGAUGUUUGUUGCUGGUUGAUGUUGGUUGCCAGUUGGUGUUGGUUGCCAGUUGGUGUUGGUUGCUGGUUGUGUUGGUUGCCGGUUGCCCUCGUACUCAUCUCUGCGUUGCUGGUCCUGCAUGAGCUGCCUGACAGGAAACCUCCAUGAUCUGAUCAGAUUGUCCAGAAGUUGCCGGUUGGUCUGUGGGGUUGCAGUCGGUCAAAGUUUCCUUUCUCAGUUUGACCCAAACUGGAAAUGUUUUCUGCUGAAUGUUGUGACGUAAAAACUCUUGUUUGCAGCUCAGUUUGACUUUUGACUUGUUAAGUUAUUGUUGCCUUUAAGUCGAGCUGCAGGGUGAAUAUCGGUUCAUGUUUUAUGUUCCAUGACAUUUUGAUGCACAGUAUUUUUUAUCAAAGGCUGGUAAAAUUGUUCAGAUUAUUUAAAAAACUAAAACUUCCUGAAUGAACGUUUUGAAAUGAUGGCGGAGCUCCGGUCACGUUUCUCUGUAUAAGUUUUAAUAAAUAAACACUAAAGAAAUCAUGAAA